CGUCGUUAAUAGUUGAGGAUCAAAGGAUCGAUGCAUCGUAAUCUACACAAUCUAAUCUAAUCUCCAUGACAUCACAUGGGCUGCGUGUCGUGCUCGGUCAGCACUGUCAUUUCGUGCACUGCUUAAACGACGAGCAACACCUUUCCCUUGUACCAUCGACUGCUGCCAGUCAAUUAUCGCGAAACCUCUUUCGCCAUGUCCAUUACGCACCUCAAUUCUGUCUCUGAGCUCAACAGCCACCUCGCAAAAUCAAAAGACAAACUCUCUGUGAUAGACUUCCAUGCCACAUGGUGUGGGCCCUGCCAUGCCAUCGCACCUGUCUACGAGAACCUCUCUCGCCAAUACCCCAAUGUGAACUUCUUCAAAUGCGAUGUGGAUGCUGCGAAGGACGUGGCGCAGCUCUAUUCCGUCUCUGCCAUGCCUACCUUCAUCUUCUUGAAGGGCUCGAGCAAAGUUGACAUGGUCAGAGGUGCGAAUAAAGCGGCGCUGGAAUCCGCCUUGAAGAAACAUUCAUCUGGCUCGUCUGAGUCCUCAGCCGCGUUCUCUGGCAGAGGACAAACCUUGGGUGGAGCUCAAGGUCCCGUGGACAUCUCCGGACAAGCCUCUGCUGGAUUAAACCAAGCCAAGACCGCUUUCGCGGGUCUCGAUCCUCAAUUGGGUGUUUUCCUUGCGCUUGUAGGUGCAUACUUCGUGUUUUGUUAUAUUUUGUGAUACAGUGCUAUCGUUUUCGAGAAAACAACUACAUCUGCGGAAACUUGACAGCUGGAAUCACCAUCCUAGUUUCGCAGAGGCUUGUCUGCCUGCUUCUUCUUUGGCCUGCUUUUGGCUCCUACCUGUGCCCUCGCCCUGAGGGACACCGUCCACUAGGAUCAAUCAUCAGUCAGCUUCGCGGGCAAAGCAAGGAACGCAUACAACAACAAGUGACUUUCCACAGAG